UCAUUAGGUAAGGACUGCGUCACUUGUUGUAGCUUGAAUCUUCUUCUUUUAGGUUUUAUUAUACUUGUUUCUCGAAUUCAAUUUCAGAUUUUAUUUAUUUUGUUUGUUUUUGUUUGUUAGCAGGAUCAGAUCUUUUGAGACAAGCUCAAAAUGAGUAAGCUUCAGAGUGAGGCUGUUAAAGAAGCCAUAACUGUCAUCAGAGGAAAAUCAGAAGAGAAGAAACGCAACUUCGUUGAGACUCUCGAGCUCCAGAUUGGUCUGAAAAAUUAUGACCCUCAAAAGGACAAACGUUUCAGUGGUUCCGUCAAGUUACCACACAUUCCCCGUCCCAAGAUGAAGAUCUGCAUGCUCGGAGACGCCCAGCACGUCGAGGAGGCUGAGAAAAUGGGGCUGGACUCUAUGGACGUGGAGUCUCUGAAAAAGCUCAACAAGAACAAGAAGCUCGUCAAGAAGCUUGCCAAGAAGUACCACGCCUUCUUGGCCUCUGAAUCCGUCAUCAAGCAGAUCCCUCGUCUUCUCGGUCCUGGACUCAACAAGGCAGGCAAGUUCCCGACGCUUGUGAGCCACCAGGAAUCGCUAGAGGGGAAGGUGAAUGAAACUAAGGCUACAGUGAAGUUUCAGCUGAAGAAGGUUCUGUGUAUGGGUGUUGCUGUUGGUAACCUCUCCAUGGAGGAGAAGCACAUUUUUCAGAAUGUCCAGAUGAGUGUCAACUUCCUCGUCUCUUUGUUGAAGAAGAACUGGCAAAACGUGAGGUGUUUGUACCUCAAGAGCACAAUGGGACCACCACAAAGAAUCUUCUGAGCUCCUCAAGCAGCUGCUUCAAUGGUGGCUAUUACACUUGCCCUUUUGUUUUUGUUUCGGACAUAUUUGAAAGGCUGUAAGAAUUGUGUUGGCUUUGGUUGAUGGAUUUUGUAGCUUAUAUUAUCUUGAAUUAUUUGUUCAUGAAGAUUCAGCAAACAAAUAAUGUUCUAAAUGAAAACAAUAAUGUCUUUGCCAGUGCCA